GUGCACGGCGUUCCCGUCGACGCCUGGCGCCCUCCGCCUCUUGGCAUAUGUCGGGGUCGCGCAGAGCGCCAGCAACGACACCGCCGACCUGGGCUUCACUACCUGCACUCCAGGGAGCUUGACCCGUGUCGUUCGGGACGCAAUAGCGGCGUUGUUCUCCUCCCCCUCCCCCUCCUCCUCCUCCUCCUCCUCCGCCGCCGCCGCCGCCGCCGGACCGGGCCUUCUCCCCAGCAACGCCUGGCCGCUGUCCAUAGAAGUGCACGCCCAGGUAACUUCCUGCAGUGGCGCAGUAGCCAGCUCUGGUGCUCCGCCGGCCGCCGGGGAGGGCCUCCUAGCAGCCACCCAGACAACUCCGACCAGCAGCAAUUGGACCCAGCCGGCUCCGUCCUCAUUGCCAGCAGCAGCCGCACCCGCAAACGAUGCAGCCACCAUUAUCACGGCCCCAGCCAUCAAAGACGCAGCAGCAGCAGCAGCAGUAGCCGGGGCCGCAGCCGGCGCUCAGGGCAUCAUCACGGAUGCCGCACAUGCGUUCAGCGACCUGGUGCCUGCCGGCGAGCUGGUAUCGCUGCGGGACCUAGCCGCUAUAGAUGGCAGCUUCAGCUUCGGGGACAUUUUGCCGCCGCUGCGCCGCAAGCUGGCGCUGGGGGAGGUUGGCGGCGCGGCGGUGGUGCCCUUGGACGCCCCCGUGCUGCUGCUGGUGUACCGGCGGGAUGUGCUGGCGAAGAUGGGCCGAGAGAUCCCCAGGACCUGGGACGAGCUGGCGGACCUGGUGGAGCUGUACGGCAUCUCUCGCCCAGCCGGGGCCCCCAGUGCAGCUCUGUGCGCCACAACUGGGGAACCUUGCAGUAGCCUGUCGCUCUUCUCCGCAAUCUGGCACAGCCUUGCUCAGAGCCGUGGGCUGAGUCAGGGAGUGUACUUCGACCGUGAGACCGCAGCGCCGCUCGUCCGAACGGCUGCCUUCCGGGCCGCCGCGCAGCUGUUUCUGCGGCUGUGGCGGCCCGCCCUCCCGCAACCAGACGGCAUGUGUGGGUUCGUGCAUCCGGGUCUACGGUUGGGCACGUGCGCUUUCUCGGUCGGGACGUUUGAGCAGGUCAAGGAUGUGGCGCGGAUCGCACCAUCCCAACAGCAACCUCCAAGCGACACCGCCGGCCAAAACCAGUCAGCAAGCGGCGUCCGCUCGUCCCCCGACGUCGCUACCGCCGGCGCUGCAGCCGCCACCAACGCCAACGCGUUGUUCGGUGUGGCGCAGCUGCCGGGAUCCCGGUUCGUGCUAAGUCCAGAGGACUCCAGCCGCCUGGUGCUGUGCAGCACCGGGAACUGCCCCUUAGGGGACAUCUCCGCAACGGGAGCCGGGCAGCAGCAGCAGCAGCAGCAGGAGCAGGAGAGGCGGCGGAGAGGGCGAGGGCGGCGACGGCGCCAUGUUUUGCAGACGGAAGCGCCGAGUGAUGCGGUGCUUGUGAACCGUGCGCCGUACAUCCCAAGCAGCUUGCUAGUUGCCGGCAUCAGCACCAGGUCGACGACUGCCCAGCGGCUCCUCGCCUGGUACAGCCUGUCCCACGUCGCGGGCCCAGAGGGCUCCCUCCAGCUGCUGCGGGAGCCGGGGGCCAACACGGCGCCCUUCCGGACCAGCCACUUCUCUGCCGCAGCGCGCGCAGCGUGGGCUGCGGCCGGCUAUGACGGGGACCUGAUGGGCCGGGCGCUGGACGAGCAACAAGCGGCGCUAGCGCACCCGAACCUGGCUUGGGGGCUGCACAUGGCCGGGGGAGCCUUCUACAGGUCCGCGUUGUCGGACUUCCUUGCGGAGCUGCUCAACACCGCGUCCUCCUCCCCCUCCGCCGCCACGGACCAGCUGGAUCUCCUCAUCGAACAGCUCCACGCCAAACUGUGCAGCCAUUACAACUCCAACUCCAACUCCACCUCCAACUCCUCCUCCACGUCGGCGGCUACCUGGGGGGCCAGCAUUACCGCAGCACGGUAUGCAGCCUUCCUCAACAUUGGCUCCUGGCCGCGACUGGAGGCACAGGCAGGGGGCCCUGCCACGGAGCCAGCAGGAGCAGUAUCAGCACCCGCGUCUGGCAGCGGCCGGGGGCGCCUGGUGCCGCUUGCUGUGGCCCUCAUAGUCGCAGGCCUGGCUGUGCUGGCCGUGGCGCUGUAUGUGCCGUACCGGCGCGGUUGCGGGCCGCUGCGACGCCGGCAGCGGCCGUCUUGGAGUCCGGACGCGCCGGCGGUGUCACCCAACACGACGUUGCUGAUCACAGACAUUGAGAGCUCCACCAAGUUGUGGGAGGAGCUGCCCGAGGUGGUGAUGGGCUGUGCGCUGCGACUGCACCAUGCCUGUCUGCGCAAGGUGCUGGUCCGCCACCGGGGAUACGAAUCCGCCACGGAGGGCGACUCCUUCAUCCUGGCAUUCCACAAGCCCGAAACAGCCCUGGCGUUCGCUGUGGAAACCCAGCAGGAGCUGUUGGAGGUGAACUGGCCUCCGGAGCUGCUGGCGAAUGAGGCCUGUGCGCCCGUGUACACAAGCGCCCCGGUGGGAUUUCCCUUCCGCCGACCCGCGACCCUGGAGACCGUCCUAUCGCGCAUGAGCAUGCGGCCGCACUCCCACACCUCCAUCGGCGGCGGCGGCGGCGCUGCGUCGGGCCCCUGCGCGUUUGCCGCCAGCCCCUCCACUCUACAGCUGCUUGCCAGCAUGCUACCAGCGUCCUUUGCCCGUGCUACUGCCAGCCGUGGCUCCAUGGCCCCGCAGUCUCCUACGCUACUGCAAGGGCGGCUACACUCGCCCUUUUGCUCCAGGCAGCGCAUGUCGAUCGACAUGGGGCUGCUGCACCACCUCAGCCGGGAGGAAGUCCGCACGCCCACCAGCCGGGGCGACAUCUUGGAGACCGACGCGACGUUCAAUCCCCUGUUUGCCUCCACGCAAGUACCGCUAGCAGCGUCGCCGUCGCCGUCGCCGUCGGUGUUACGGCGGGGCGCGGAACGAGCUGACGCUGCCAUCCGCGCCUUGACAUCCAUGCCGCUAGCUUCCACCGCCGCCGCCGCCGCCGCCGCUACGGCGGUAGCCGCGGCAGCUAGUGCGACGCAUAGCGUGACCCCCACCGCCACCACGGCGGAGGUGGCGGCGGCGGCGCUGUCGGCGCACGUCCCGGCGUCCCGUGGCAGCACAUCCUCGCGCCUGAUCAUGGCGCGGCUGAGUGGCCGUAGUGAGAUGAGUGACUUGGCUGCGGCGGGGGGUUCAUCGUCGUCACCGCCGCCGCCGCCGUCACCGCCGUCUCCGCCACCGCCGCAGCGGCAGCAGCCGCAAGGGCUGGUGCCGCCCCGAAAGCCGGGGGCCCUCUCUCGUAAGUUGCAGGAGCUGCAGCGGGGGGCCCAGCAACAGCCACUACAGCCGCCGCAGCAAGUGGAGGUUUUACACCACCGAUAUCACCACUUCCUUACCCAGUCGCAUCACCAGCAGUCUCAGCAGCAGCAGCAGCAGUCCCAGCAGCAACCCUCGCCGCGUCAGCACCAAUUGCAGUUAAUGGAGGAGCAGUUCGCACCCGCCUCGUCCAUGAACAGCAGCGGCGCCUGGGCGAUUAUACACGGCGGCGAGACCGCCGCCGCUUUGGAGGACCCGACCAGCACCAACACCAACGUCGCCGCCGUCACCGCCGCCACCGCCGCCAUUGGCUGCGUCAAGAACGUCAUCGAAGUCAUGCCGGAAUACGUCUCAGCGCCACUGAACUUACUGCCUACCACCAGCACAAGCCGCACGCCAACAGGAUCCGGAAUGGCGGCGCCCUUCACCAGCGGCGGCAACGGCAUCAUCGAGCCGGGGGUCGAUGCCACCAGCGUCAGCGAGGGCUUGUUUGAGAUCUCCCACAACGGCAGCGGCCCUGCUUUGAACAUAGGCGCCGGCAACCGCGCGCGCCACGCUAGCCCCAGCCAGAGUCCUGGCCUCAGUAUGCUGGGUGGCAGAGGCGAACGCCGCGGCACGUCGCGCCGUGCGCAGACGCAGCCGGUGGCGGUGGCCCCGGGGCGCAGUCCGCUUCCGACAGCUCCUGGCGGUAGUCCGGAGCUGGUCUGUGUGACCGGAGGGACCCUUAUCAACCUGGAGGCUUGCACGCUGGAGGAGUCGCUGAAGGCAGCAAUCAGGCAUCUGGAUGAGGCGGGCGGUGGGGACUGUAAGCGGCGGCUGCUGUGGAGGGGUUUGCGGAUCAGGAUGGGACUGCACUCGGGAAUAGCCAGCGAGUCGGAGCUCACACACAACAGAGCCAGCGCCCGGACCGUGUACAGCGGCGAGUGCGCCAGCAUUGUACGUCUGGUGUCGGACAGCGCGCAGGGCGGACUGAUACUGCUGAGCGGGGCUUGCUGGGGAGCUCUGAUGGCCGCCGCCGCCGCCGCCGGCGGGCUCCACGGCGCCGCCGCGGAGGCGUUGCUCAUUAACAUCGGCCGCUACCGCGUCAUGCCGCCCUCUUCCGCCGCCGCCGCCGGCGGGCCCGUGGACCAUGAGCCCGCCGGCGUCAUGCCGCUGUACAUUGCCACGAGCCCCGAACUGGCGGCGCGCGCUGCGGUGCUGCCGCCGCCACGUAAGAUUUCCGCUGUCGGCCUGUCGCUGUACGCCGCACCCGUGGGUCGCGUCGCGGUAGCGUCGCUCAACGUGGCUGACGUGGGCGCGCUGCGGGAGUGGGACGAGCAGGCCUUGCGGCAGGGGUUGGCGCUGCUACGGCGCACGGUGCUGGAGCAGCUGGCGUGUCAUCGCGGCUACUUGGUUUCGGAGGACUGGGAGCAGGGCACCCUCAGCGUCGCGUUCGCGUUCCCGCUGGAUGCCGUACGGUGGGCGCUGCGAUGUCGUGAAGUGCUCGGGUCCGCCGCCGUAGAUUGGCCAGCAAAGCUUUUGGCUCAUGAGCUAUGCCGGGAGGAGCAACUGCAGCGGCUGCAGCAGGCAGUUGCAGGGAGGGCAUCCACAGGUGGUGGCGGCGGCGGUGGCACGUUGACGUUGUACGGCAGCCGCAGCGGCGGCAUCGCGCUAGCUGGUUCCUGCACUGGCCCGCCGCCGUCGCCGGUCUCGGGGCGGGGACGUAUCCGGACCCUGGAGCUGGCAACAUCGUACGACAGCAACACGGCGCUGUGGACUUCUCCGUCUCUGGCGGCGGCAGCGGCGGCAGUGGCGGCGGCGGCGGCGGCGGCCUCGGAGCCUGCUGGCUCGGCGGCUGUGGCUGUGUCUUCAAGAGCACCCAGGUCGGCAGCGAGCGGGGGCCCUGCAGGGGAUGGAGCCCGGACGCUGUCGCGGGAGGCCCUUUCGGCGACAGUGGAACGGGGCUUGCAGCAGUCGUACACGAUGGCGCUGGGGCCUCGCGCGGGUAGCACGCCCGCGGACUUGGACUUAGUGCCGACGACAGGGCUGCAGCCGCCGGCACCGGUAGUACGGCAGGCGCCGGCGGGCGUGGCUGGCGGCAGCGGCGGCAGCGCCGCCGCCACCGCUGGCGUCCGGGGCCGCAGCCCGACGGUGCAUGGCACCGCCAGCGGCGUCAUGGCUUGCCACGGAAGCUACCGUCGUCGGAGCGGCAAACAGCUGAUUGCCCUGGGCUCUCAGGGUGCGCUUGGUAGCGGCGCAGCCAUCGCGGCGUCCAUUCCGGCGGCGGGGACAACCCUCACGGGCAGCGGCCUCGUCGCCACGGACUCGGGCUCGGUAAGCUGUACGACGGCUACGACGGCUGGCAUCACGCCCAAACCAUCCGGUUACCUUAGCACCAAGUUUGCCGCGCUGUCCUCGCGGUUGAGGAUUUCUGCCGGCGGCGGCUCACAUGCCGAUGGCGGCGGCGGCGGCGGCGGCGGCGGCGGAACGGCGGCGGCACUAUCGCACUCGCACGUGCCGGCGGCCACCGCUGCCGCCGAGGCGGGAAUGCUGAGCGCGCGGGCGAGUGGUGCCGCUGAUGCGACGGCCCGCAGCAGCGGCGCCGGCUCGCCCGGGGGCCCCCGUGACUCGGCGGCUAAAACUUCCCUGGCAUGGGCGCUCCGAGACGAGAUGGAGGACGCGGAGGACGGCGGCGACAUCUUCUCCCUGCACCUGGGCGGCAUGGACGGCUGCGGGCUGCUGGGGCGUGCGCCUGGCGUGUCGCUCUCGGGCGGCUGCGCGAUUUACGGCAGCUCCACCGGCAGGGAGGCGGCGGCAGUGGUGGCCGGCGGCGCGUCUGUUGGCGGUCAUCAGACGGCGCCGGCAGUAGCAGACCGGCGGUGCGUGACGACGACGUUGCGGGGGCCCCGGAUCCGGGUAGGCGUCGACAGCGGCCCUGUGGAGUGGGGCAUCUCCUCCUCCCACCACUGCCUCACCUACAGCGGCGCGCCCACCGCCAUGGCUGAGAAGCUGGCCGCCGUGGCUGCCCCGGGCCAGGUCCUGGCCACCUACUCGGUAAUGUUGGAGCUGUACCGCAUGCAAGCCAACUUGGGGCCGCCCUCGGAAGCUGAGGAGGCGACAGCGGCGGCGGAGCGAGGCAGCAGAGCUGGCUUUGGCAGCGGCGGCUGCGGUGGCGGCGUCGGCGGCGUCGGCGGCAGCGGCGCGUUUUCUGCAGUGGUGGGUACGGCGCUGCCGCCGCCGUCGGGGCGCUCAGGUUUGACCAGCGGGCGGCAGCGGCGGCAGCAGCAAAUCUUUGCUUGCAGGUUCACCAACGACUGGGAGGAGGCGCUUCGAGAGUACGACACUCUGAUGGCCCAGCAGGCCGGUGCCUACCAGGCGGCGGCCACCAGCGGCUGGAGCAGCCCCCGCAGCGGCCGAAUGUCGCCCUUCUCCUCACCCUGGAACUGGUCCGCUACGGGCCGCCGGAGCAAGCGCCCCUCCGGCACCGCCGCCGGCGCGGCGGCGGUGAUGGCAGUAGCGCCGCCGCCGCCGCCGCUACCUUCCCCGCGGAUCGGUGAGAGCCGCCACACCCAGCCCAACCGAGGGAGCUUCGACCUGUUCGGAAGGGGCUCGACGUCGCUGACGCAGCGCGGCGCAGCGGCGCAGCCGCCUCUGCCGCAACGGCCAACGGCGCAGUGCGCUGCAGCGGAUGCGCUGUACGGCAGCGGCGGCGGUGCGGGUGUGCCGUCGCCGCUGCCGUCCUCUAUGUCCCACCCUCUCCCUAGUGCACACGCGCCGGCGGCGGCUGCAUCGCCGAGGGAGUACCUGGACGGCCGUGUGGUGGCUGUAGCCGCGGGCUGUAGCCGCGAGUUCACCUCUGCUGGGCUGAUGUGCUGCCCCCCUGGGGGCCCGUCGCGCAGCGGCGACGGCCGCAGCAGCGGCAACGCAGCGGGUCGCGUCGUCGUUGGCAACUCGUUCGCGAGCUACGUGUCCAUGUCUGCUCCUAGCAACGCGCUGCCGCCAACGCCGCCGCCGCCGCCGCAACAGCAGCAGCGGCAGCAACAGCAACAGAAAAAAACGCAGGAGCAGCUGUCUUUGCUUGCCGCCGCCGGCGGUGCUCUGGCGCCAGCGCCGUUGACGUACAUUUUCAUGCCGCCACCCGUGGCCGUCGAAUUAAACCGGCCUGGUCGUACAUCCUCGGCAUCGUGGCGCACGUUGUCCGCAGCGAGGAUGGAGCCGCCGCCGUCGCCGCCGCCCCAGCAGCAGCAGCAGCAGCAGCCGCUAUCGACGUCAUCGUCGCAGGGCACGCUGGCGGAAUCCUGCCCGUGGUUCUGCCAGAAUGGUGGCGCCGGCGGCGCCGGCGGCGGCGGCGCCGCCGCCGCCAUCGCAUUUCCGGUAGGCAGCAUGGACGAUUCCAUAUCGCUAUCGCUGCGCCACCAGCUCCCGGCGGACGUCAAGCGGACGCCGUCGCGUGCCACUAUCGCCAGCGGCACCGUCGCCGGCGGCCCCGCCGGCGCGGCGCUUUUGAGCAGUACACCCGAGCACGAGGAGGUCACCGAGGUGGGGGACGUGGAGGAGGAGUUCGAGCUGACACCGCGCACGCUGCCGCGGCCGCUGCCGCCAACACCGCCGCACCAAACGUACGGCAUGGAUCCGCCAACGAGCGAAUUCGCGUCAGGGCUUGUGGGCGCUGUGAUGCCUGCAGUACGGACUGCAGCGUCCGCGACAGUGGCGGCGGCAGCAGCAGCUUCCAACUCACCCUCCGCUUCUAUCGGCUCCACGCUUCCGUCGUACCCCAGGUCGGGGCCCGGAGCACCGUAUGGGUCGACGGGCGAGGAGGGCAGCAGUAGCGCCGGCGGCGGCGGCGGCGGUGGCGGCUUCGGCAGCGGCGGCAGCAGCAGCGCUAGCGGAAUGCUACAGCAGGCGCUACGGCAGCAUCAGAGCUACGCAAGGCGGCGGCGGCAGCAGCGGGAAUCCUCCUUGCAACAUGACCACGUCAUAGCGGCAGCCGAGGCACUCGCCGUACAGGAUCUAAGCGUCAGCAGUCACAGCCCGCUGCACCAGGAAACCUCUCCGCGGCUGCAGCAGGCCGCAUUAGCAACACCUACGCCUCCUCCACAGCAGCAGCCGCCAACGCCCCUCCCCGCUCAACCUCCUCCGCAAGCUUCGGCGAUUCCAGUCCGCUCGCGGUCGGGUCGUCAGGCAGCGGCGGGGCGGCGGGGCGGCGGCGACCCCGCCACGGGUACGGUCGUGUGGAGGGCCAGUAGCACCAUCACCGGACAUGGCAGUAGCAGCAGCAGUAGCUGGCCGUUGGAGGUCACGGCCGCCGCGCAGCAGGGCUAUCGGCCUGCGAGUCUAGGACAGGCGGGUACUGGGACGGAGACUUCAGACGAGGGUGCCGCAUCCGCGGCUGCCGCGGCCGCCGCAAUGGCGGCGGCCGCGCGACUCGUUGUGAGUAAGUCCGGAGUCACUGCCGGCGGCAGGGAACAAGCAGGGAAGGCAGGUGCGGCAGCGGCGGUGCCGGCGGCAGCUGUUGUGUUGGUGCCUGCGUCAGCGGCGCCCGCGACCGUGGCUGGGUUCGACCUGGCAGGGGCGACUGGUGACGGGUCCCGGCGACCUUACAGUGAGGGCUGUAGUGAAGGUCCUCCGUGUGCGGAUCAGUUAAGCAGCCCGCCGGGCCUCCACGCACCUGCCGAUCAGCAGGUGCUGCCCAUUCGUACGGCGGUACCCGUACAGCAGUCGGCCGCGCAACCUGCGCCGUACGGCGGUGUGCAGGCUGGAUUAAGAUGGGGGCGUCCGGACGUAGGUGCGCGAGGCGGGUGCCUGGCAGCGACCAGCCAGGUUGGUGAGGCAGAGGUCGCCGAUGUCAAGGUGGUGGCGGCGGGCGAGGAAUGUGCCGUUGUCGCUGCUGCCGCCGCCGCCGCCGCCGCCGCCGCGACCUUGCUUGACGGCGAAGUCAAUCCAGCGGUUGCCGCUUCGACGGCGCCGCUUAAAGACGUGCGGAGCGGCGGCUCAGCCUUAGCCCAAUUUGCUGCCGCGAUUAGUCAGAAGGGUCACCACACGCCGCCGCCGCCGCCGCCGCCGCCAGCCGCCAGCUACUCGGGGCUUCAACCCCGCCGGACUGGUAGCGGCGCACCUCAUCAGCAGCGCAAUCUGGCAGCGUAUGGGGAUGACAGCGCCGAGGUUGACGUCGCGUCGGAGCUGUGCGGCACGUUUGAGUGCCGGGGACGUUGGCGGCGGCCCACUCACGACGGCGCGAUAGCGGGUGGUUUCGGCAGCACCAUUGGCAGUAGCGGCAUCAGUGGCGGCGGUGGCAUUGGCAGUAGCGGCAUCAGCGGUGGCGGUGGCGGCGGGCGCUCGGUAGUUGAAGUGGGAAGCUAUGUGGGCCGCGCCGCGCGAAGCAUCCGCGCGCUGUCCCUGCAGGGCAGCCACGGUGGUGCGGCCGCCGCGGGCGCUGCCGGAUUCGGGUCGUUGGCGGGCAGCAGCAACCGUUGGCACGACACCGCGGUGCGCGCGUCGCCGACGUGUCGUACGUCUAUGGCCGAUCGCACCACGUCCAAUCUGUGGUAUAUGCAGCCUCAGCCCAUGCAGCUGCAGCGGUGCGGCCCCUUACCGCCAGGCGCUGCGGUCGGCGGCGGCGGCGGUGGCGGCGGUGACGUUUCCUUGAGCCCGUUCCUAUCACCCGCCAGAUUCGAGGUGUACGAACCGCACGAGUACGGCGGCGUCAGUGACGACUGCGACGAUAGGAGUGUAUCUGUACGGGCGCCGGCGGGGUGGCGGCCCGGGAUUCACCCGCCUCCGAGCGCCGGCGGCGGCAGUCUGCCGCCACCGCGGCGUUCCUCCUUUGCGCGAGUGGGCAGCCUGGCUCCGCAAAGCGAGAGCGUAUCGAUGCACGGGGGACUCCAAAGCGCUGUGACGGGUCUGACGGAAAGCAGUGCUGGCGUCUGCGCCGGCAACCGCGCCGGCGGCGGGUACGGCAUUUCCACCCGCGGCGGCGGCGGAGGCGGAGGCGGAGGCGCGAUCAUGACGCUCCCCUGUGGCUCUGCCUGCACGCUGAGCCUGGUGCGCGGUGCCUCGGCGUGCUAUGCUCUGGAUGAGCCGGAGUUGUGGCAGGAUGAGGCGUACACAGACCCUCUGGAAAUGUAA